GACAGCUUAAACCAGUGCCCCUCUCCACUUAGCUUCCCGUACUAUGUACUCCUGCCGCCCCUGCGCCCCUGCACCCUAACACUGCACUUUACUCCAGACCCACAAUAUUUCUAGAUCUUUGGAAACUUUAGCAACUUUGCGUUUGUAAUUCUGCGUUUGAACUUUAACCGAUUCAUAUUAACUUUUGAGCAGAUGCGUGAGGGAUUCUCUUCUUGUAAAACCGGGCGAUACACAUUUUAAUUAACCUUCCUUAGCCAAGUUUUAAAAUAAAUCCCCUUACAUCCUCAAGCAGGACAAAGCAAGUUUGUAUCCAACCUUGGAAGUAUUCACAUCAGCCACGGUACGAGCCACACAAACAGUUCAUUAUUCAAUUUAUUUCAAGUCGCGUUGAGGCUUGCCCGGGACGCGACUUACGCGUCUCAUUAUCGCGAAGAGUGUGAUUGCGUAUGGAGUCAUGACAUAUGCCAGCAAUCAACAUCUCCGAAACCGACUAGAAGUCUUCGCGGAUAAGAUAUCCGUAUUCUAACCGUUUACUCAAACAUAUCACCGGGUUCUGCUCCUUUCAAGCGCCUAGUCAACUAUGUCAUCCAGGGGCUCCUCUCCCGCGCUAGGAUCAUCCGGCUCCUCGCCAGAUCCUGAUAGUCGCCAUAGUUCAUUAGUUUUCCGAGAUAAAGGAAAAGCGACCGAGAGCGCUUCCAAAAGAAAGCGGACCUUAACUAAUGGCGCAGAGCAUGCCAAUUCGCGGCAGCGUACGCGUGAGCCGGAUGCUGAGGGCGGAGUUGAGGGAGAAGAUUUCGACCCAGAUCAACCCGCGGAAGAGAGACGCUACCUUCAUCGCGGUUAUCGGGAUCUCUUCCAGAAUCUCUACGAGAACAACGAUGAGUAUCUAAAGGGAGAUUCAACGGGGUUAUACGAUACUCUAUGCAAAGCAAAUGUGCUGUCGUCAGGUGUGAAGCAAACUGCAGAGGCAGUCAUGGAUUCCAAGCUUCUAGUGAGCACGGCGGAUGCAUCAUACCGCAAGACAGUCCGCCUAACUGCGGGCAAUAUUGCUCAAGGUGUUGAUGUAGACGAGUUCGUCUCAAAGUGUAUCACUUACAUGAGACUAGGAUCUGGGAUUACGGAAGACGACGCACCAGAACUGACUGCCACACAACAACAUCGGAGGAGGCCGGGUCGGGGAGCACUAGGGGACGAAGGGGAUGAUGAUGACGACGUCGGCGACGAGGGUGAUAUGUUCAAUUGGGAGCAUCUUGGUCGAUUCGCUUGCCUGCCAAACAUUAAACGCCCAGCAACACCAGGUUUCCUCCUCGGUCCCCUUUCUGCCGAGGUGAAGAAACGAAAAAUUGUCAAACGUAGUGCACCAUUCAGACCCAACAAUCUACAGGAAACACGGCCUGAGGUUCUAGAUGCUGAAGCUGUACAAAGAUCGGAAAAGAAUGACCUUACUACUAUCUGCUCCAAGAUUCUUCAGAAGCUGAAGCAAGCGCAGGAAACAGCCCAGGAUGCCGUGGAGGAUGCCGUUAACCGCGGUGCAACCGACGAGGAGGCGCAAAGACUAAUGGACCGCUACGGCCUAAGAGAUACGGGCGGUAUAGAUCUCUUGAGAUUCGUGGUAAAUCCACGAUCCUUUGGGCAAACUGUGGAAAAUAUGUUCUACGUGAGCUUUCUUAUUCGAGACGGCCGUAUUAAAAUCGACUUCGACGAGAAUAAUUUACCAACUCUGGACCCAGUCGAUCGUGAAGAUGAAACGGCCGCCUCCAAGCAUCGAGCUCAGAAACAGCAAGCCGUGUUCUCCAUUGAUAUGAAGACAUGGCGUGAUAUCAUCAGCGCGUUCAACAUCACUGAACCGAUCAUAGAACACCGUAAAGAAGAAAGCAACCAAGGGCCUGGGUCUCGGGGUUGGUACAAUUAGUGCUGGUUUCGCUGUCAGUCACGCUUAUAUCGUAAUGUGUAUCUGGACCUCCUAGUGCGGGUUCCAGUUGUUGAUUCGACUGAAGCAAAGCCCACAUGAAAUAGACUCUAGUUGAUGUGUAUAACUAAUAGACAGAUACCCCCAAACUGGUGGAAACCCCAAUUGCAAUAAAACCAAACUUGUACA